AUGAAUCACGGCUCAUUGGUGGACCCUCGCGAGAAAGCGCUCCUAACAAAAAGAGAACGACGCCGGUGCACGGGGGCUUUUGUUCCUGAACAAACCCGCACGCAUGCCGUCGAGCUGCAUUCCUCGCGUCGCCGAAACGUGUUUUCGGUACCGUCCAACCGACUCUCGUAUGACACAACUUACCUUCCAAAUCAACAGUUACUCUCCCCCGUGGUGUGUUUUCGAUACGUCAUGGAUGUGAAGUGCGGCUGGGUAAGACUGGUGGCGGCGGGUAGCGUAGCGCACACCAGUCGCCUGCGGGUCGGGAACACGAACUGGAAAGCGCACUCGACGCGUCGGCUUGCGCCUCUCGCAACUCACUACCGGACGACGCUGCGGCGUGCGCGCAUCUGCACCCGUCCCUCUCUAGCGCGUCAGAGAGCAGCGCCCGCGCGCUCUACCCCUCUCUUUCCACUGUCCCAAAUGCACAGUAGUCGCGCCCGAGAAUCUAUCGGACGAGUUCGAGUCUGUCGUGACUCCUUUCCACUGCUCGUCGGCGGCGCUUUGAAAUUUCGUAUGGCAAUUUUUUUCGAUGCGCCUAUGAUGACCGGUUUA